CGCUGUUUCGCAUUUCUAAUUCGAUUUAUGAACCAACUUCACGCCAUCUUUUUCCUCGACACCCGCUUGUUCGCCCCUCGGUUCACCACCCGAGAACCGUUGGCGGAGCGAAGAAGGUAAAAAUGGGUUCAGGCAAAGUAUGGAGUGUUUUUGGCGUGGAGGUAGGUUAGCCCUUAUUUUUUUCAAUUCCCGGGGCCAAAAGAAAAAAAAACAAUAAAAUUCAUUAUUCGUCUCCUUUUCGUGCUGGUCGUGAAGCAACCUGGGUACCUACAUCUAGGUAUCGUCGUGUUUCGUCUCCCUGUUCGUCUGAAGAAAGAACAAGUGGACGUCUUUGAUUUCGAUCAGUAGCAACAAUAGAUCCUCCAUUUAUUUGGUUGGAAAAAAGUAUCUUGGAUUUCAGUUGAGUCGCGGCAGAAUCAUUUUGCCUGGUCUAAUCUACUAUAUUUAUCUUUCCAGGAGGAAUUUACGAAUUCCUACUCCCACAAGUUUCGGCUUCCAAAAAGCCCUCCCAGAAGUCCAAUAGAAUCGGUUAGGAUGCAAUUGAAACAACCCGAAAGCGGUGGUGGUGCUCUUGCGGAUCAAAUAACCAUGCCGGAAACGAAGACUUCUCGCGCCGAGUUCACUAAGUCAUCCUCGACUUUACCCUUCGGCCAACCCGUGUCUUAUUCGUCGAUAUCCGGCCCUACUUACGUUACCGGCCAGUUGCUCGUCCAACAGAUCGCCUACGCCUUAUCCGACAAGAUCUUCUCGUACUCGCCCGAAACCUUCGAUCUCGAUGUUGCCGUAAGGAGCUGGGCGGAGAAUGGGGAUAAGAACGUCCACGGAUAUCCUACUGCUGUCUUACCCCUCCAGACUCGCUCUGGUGCUGGCGCUUUUGCUCUUGGUUAUAUCUUCUCGAAAGACUUCGAUUUAAGCAAGAGACAUAUACCACAAACUCUCCUAGCACCAUCGCUUAGUUUGCGCCAUUUGCGCUCUGCCCUGGAUCAGCUGGCUUUGUUGUAUGGUGUCGCUAGUCCCUUCGUCGCCCAUGUCGCUGCCACGGAUUACACCUCCGAUGCCGGUCUCGUCGCAGAGUAUGGAACAGCAUUGCAGUUAUCUGAAGAGCUCGGGCUUGGGCUUAUAUCGAGUGGUUCUGCCUAUGAGGCUCAGCAUAUCUCGCUCUUCGCUACGUUAAUGGCCAAGAUUCUGCCCACUCUCCACGUUUACGAUGGCGUCCGUACGUCGCGCGAGACCCUACGAGUGAUUGAUGUUUUGAGCCAAGUCGGCGUCGCCGAUCUUUUCAAGAAGGUUUCUACUACCGCAGAGUCAUUGAAUAAGCGUCUUGAUAACGCCGGCAAGGUCCUCGAACUUUUGCGGACUUUCAACGAGGAGCUUGGUACCGACUACGAACCUUUCGAGUACAUUGGCCACGACGCCGCGGAGACCGUAUAUGUUGCUUUUGGUAGUGCCGAGGCCCAACUUGCUAGACAGGUCGUAUCCAAGCUUGCUGCUGAUGGAGCGAAGGUUGGCGCUGUCAUCGUUAGAAUCUACAGGCCCUUCAUCGAGGAAGCCUUCAUCAAGGCUCUACCUAUCUCAACUCAGCACAUAGCAGUCCUUGGUCAAGUUGCGACCGAGUCUGCGGUUUCGGAUGCUUCUGUUCAGUCUGUCCUGUACUCGGAUGUCUUGACCGCAGUUUCUUUCUCAAACAAGUGGGCCUCUAUCCCUCCAGUCACAGACGUCAAGUAUCCAGCUUCACUUGCUUUUACCCCGUCAAGCUUUGUUGCUACAAUUACUCAGGCUACGAGCAAGGUUACUAUCUCUCGCAUUCGGCUUCCGCAACUUGAAUCUGUAGGACAAUACGUCUUUUGGGACAUUGACGGGUCCGUCGCCACCGUCGCACCGGCUGUUGUUGGUGGGCUCUUGUCUCGGGACUCCACCAGCAAUAUUUACUUGAACGAGUCACACGACAACUUGGUGCAAGGAGGUGUUGUCCGAUCCGACUUGCGAACCUCUCCAAAGACAAUUGAUGCCCCCUACGCAAUUGAGGAGGCGGAUGUUGUUUUGGUUGGUGAGGAGAAGCUGCUAAAGGAGGUGGCAGCAUCUAGGAGCGUCAAAGACAACGGGAAACUGAUCUUAAAGUUGCCCAACUUUAAGGAGGAAGAGGUAGAAAAGCGUAUACCCGCAUCGAUCCGCAAAGAUGUACAAGAAAGGAACAUCUCGCUUUAUAUCCUAGACUCAUCCUCGUCUCCGGCCUUCGAAAACGAUUCCAAUGCUGCUAGGCUACUUAUUGAGCUUGCAUUCCUCAAAGUCGCCAAGCCAGAUAUUAAGCCAGAAAUUUUAGAGAAAUUGGCGGUUUUGGAGGCCAAUCCUCCCACUUUGGAAGAGUGCAUUGAUGCUCUGAGCAAGAGUCUUAAGCAGUUGGAGGUUCCGGAAUCUUGGGUAGAGUCCGUCAGCGAGACGUCUAGGAAUCUCCCCGAAGUCCUAAAGACGAACAGCUUUGCGCCAUUUGAGAAGCAAGAAACUGAGCAGGAUCUACAGCUUAGCAGUUGGGAAUCGGCUGCUAAAGGUCUUGUCUUCAAAGAGGUAUAUGGUACGGAUACCACUCUUCGCCCCGAUCUGGCGGUCAAGACAUACACAAUUCAUGUCAAGGAAAACCGUAGACUUACGCCCGUAACUUACGAUCGAAACAUUUUCCACAUUGAGUUCGAUCUCGGUAACUCGGGAUUGACCUACAAGAUAGGAGAGGCUCUCGGAAUACACGCGGACAACGAUGCCAACCUCGUCCGUGAAUUCAUUGAGUCGUAUGGCCUCAAUGCGGACGACCUCGUCCAGGUGCCAUCUCGAGAUGAUGCCAACGUUCUAGAGACUAGGACUGUUUACCAGUCGCUAGUCCAAAACAUCGACAUUUUCGGCAAGCCCCCUAAGCGAUUCUACGAGUCAAUCGCUGAUUUUGCUACCGACGAGCUUGAAAAGAAGAGGCUUGCUUCUCUUGGCACACCCGAAGGCGCCGAAGAGUUCAAGCGUCGUGCCGAAGUCGAUACAAUCACAUUCGCCGACGUUUUGGAGGAAUUCAAGUCUGCUCGCCCUAGCUUCCCCGAACUCGUCCGUCUAGUCGGUCCUCUUAAGCGCCGUGAGUACUCAAUUGCCUCUGCUCAAGCUGUAACACCCAACAUCGUCGCUCUCAUGAUCGUCGUCGUGGAUUGGGUCGAUUCCAAAGGACGGACUCGUUACGGUCAAGCAACUCGAUACCUCAGCUGUCUGCCUGUUGGCGCUGCUGUGACUGCUUCCGUUAAGCCCUCAGUCAUGAAACUGCCCACACGUGACGACGCACCUCUCAUCAUGGCAGGUCUUGGAACUGGUUUAGCGCCUUUCAGGGCUUUCAUACAGUACCGCGCGAUGCAAAAGGCACAGGGUAAGGAAAUAGGCGCUAUCCUACUGUACCUCGGUUCUCGUCACCAACGUGAAGAGUACCUGUAUGGUGAGGAGUGGGAGGCUUAUCUAGACGCCGGCGUCAUUACCCUUCUUGGCGCCGCCUUCUCUCGAGACCAGCCCCAGAAGAUCUACAUCCAAGACCGUAUGCGUCAGACCCUGAGUGACGUUAUCAAGGCAUACAUCGAAGAGGAAGGAUCUUUCUACCUCUGUGGCCCUACUUGGCCGGUGCCCGACGUUACCGAUGUCCUUAAGGAAGCCAUUGCUGCCGAAGCGAAGGCAGGUGGGAAGAAGGUCGAUGCCAAGAAGGAGAUUGACCGUCUCAAGGAGGAUGGACGUUACGUGCUUGAGGUCUAUUAGAUGGGCAUUGUCCUUAAUCACAUUUGUUUCUCAUAAGCGAGUUAGAUUUGCGUUCGUUACGACAUGAACAUUCCAUACUCCAAUAGACCAUGAACCCUUUAUCAACACACCAUUUGUCCGAGUAGUAGUUGCUAUACGUAUGAUUACGUACGCCUAGUCU